AUGUUUGAGAAUUCCAUAAUUGAGCUAGCAUAUCUUAGUGUUCAAAGUGUAAGUGGAGUGGAUCAAGAGGGACUAAACAAUAUCAAGGAAUCUAUUGUAGCCUUUUUCGAUAUCAGUCCAUCCAUGUUAGAAACUACAAUUGCCAAUGGUUCACUGAUGCAAAAUGAAGACGAACCAAAUGGAAGCGCGUCUAAUGCUUCUAAUACCGCUCAAACGAGUCCUCCAGUUUCUACAGGACCUAGAAUAGAAAUAGGGCUGCCGUUGAUGUUCUUGUUCCGUGAGUUUCGCAUGGCAGUGGCAGCGCUUGGAUUCUUUGAUUUGUCACUUGGUGGAGACUACAGGGCACGAUUAACCCGCGCCAAAAAUAUUUUCAAGGAAGCCAUUGCGGUAUUGAUGGAAAAGGGGUUUCAGAACUUCGACCGUACAAACCUUGCUGACGGACUGAAAACACUAGGAAACAACGCAAUGCAUAACGAAUUGCAUGACAAAGCUAUUGAGAUGUAUACUUGUGUGCUAGCACUGUCUACUGAUAAUGCUCUCCACUUCCGUAACAGAGCAGCAGCUUUUACCAAGGUUGGGAGAUAUGCGGACGCGAUUCGUGAUUGCUAUGAAGCAAUAAAGCUAGAGCCAGGACAUGUGCUAGCAUACUAUCGUCUUGGUUAUGUCUAUUAUCAGCAAGGCAAGAACCUUGAGGCUAUUCGUGAGGGCUUCCUUAAAGUUUUGGAGCUGGAUCCACAAAAUGAAGAUGCUAUGGUUGGUCUUCAGCUGGCCGAUUCCAAGCUGAGAGAUGAAGUAGCAAGUUUGAGAGAGCAGAUUGAGAGGUUUGGCUUAAACGGAAACGGUGUUCCUCCCGUGACGGAGAGCCAGGCAGCUGUGAGGCAAAUCCCAGUGUUGGUGUUUCGAGGACCGGAAGAAGGUGGGAAUGGGCCAUGGGAAAUGGCUGAGGAUGUGGGGGAUACAAAUGAUGUUGAUUUUGAUGAUGAUGAUGAUGAUGCUGAUGUUGAUAUUGAAGAUGGUAAUGAUGAUGGUGAUGGUGACGGUGAUGGUGAUGUUGAUAUUGCUGAUGCUGACGGUGAUGGUGAUGUUGAUAUUGCUGAUGCUGAUGCCGAUGCCGAUGCUGAUGCGGAUGUUGUCGAUGCGCAUGUCCACAACAUCCCUCCUCCUGAAUGA